AUGUCGGACAAAGCCGCCUCGCUGACAAGCGACCAGAUCGACGAGCUCCUCCUCUCGGCUCGAUACGGAGAUCUGGAAGACCUCGAAUCCACCCUCUCGCCCCUGAUCACUCCCACCAACGCUACCGAUCUGCUGGGAAGCAUCAAGAACGAAGACGACAACACGCUGCUGCACUACGCUUCCGCCAACGGCCACCUCGAAGUAGUUGAGUACCUCCUGCCGUACACCAACCUGCCGCUCUCUCUGGCGCAGAACAUCUCCGGCAACACACCGCUCCACUGGGCAGGGCUCAACGGACACCUCGAGGUAGUCAAAGCGCUCGUGGCGCACAUUGAGAAGCUCGAAGUCCAGAAUCCGGAAGAAGCGAAGAAGCUCAACCUCAUCUUCCACCCCAAGACACCGGCGUCCGCAUCAACACACGACGCGGAAGACAGCGAGCCAAAGGCGGACGAUGGCUCGGAAAGGAAGCUGUGGGAUGUAAGGAACAGCGCAGGUCGCGGUCCUAUGAGCGAGGCACAAAUGAGGGAGCAGGAGAGUGUGGUCAAGUUCCUGCUCGAACGCAUGAUCGAAGGUCCCGAGGGUUCGACGUUGCAGCCUGCCGAGCCGUUGCCUCCAAAGCCUUCUACGGAUGCAGUGACGGUCGAAGAGCAGACGGCCAAUCUCAGCCUGAAGAGCAACUAG